AUGGGGUCAGCACAAGCCUUAAUACACCGCGGGCGCAAUUUGGAAAAUGCGGGUUACCCUCGGGAUGGCACCGGCCCAGAGCCGUCCCCGCUGAGUGUCCGACUCCCCCUGGUUGUCCACAUCUUGACAGGUUGUUUCGUUGCCGACACUGGGAUGACCUCCCGUAGGAUUCACCCAAUGGGUGUAUUCCCACACCGUCGAUGGCCCGAGGAUGCACCCAGACUGCCCGCAGUGUCAACCGCCAACACCUGCAAUCAAGCCCCACAGGGCAACCCAUGCGUGUCCCAGGGAUAA